AUGGCUUCGAGACGGACUGAACGUACCAAUGACAUCCACUUCGUUAAUGCCAGACCUGCCUCCGAGAUAGAGAAGCUCAAAGCCCAGCGUCAGGUUCGCGCCCAUGUCGGUAGAUGGAUCUCGGAUCAGACGAAAGAUCGCGAACCCCGUCAAGCCCGCUAUGCCGUCGUUGCGCGCAGGACCAUCAUUCCUCCCAGACCCAUCCGGGAUGUUCCCUUCCCGCCCUCGCACGGAAGCGACAGCAGCGACAGCAGCAGCGAUGAGGGAAUGUACGACGAGGCCCGCCUAGUCGAUCGCUGGCACAAGCUGCCCGCCCUGCAGCGGUUGGAGCGGAAUAUCUCCGGCAUGUUAGAUCCCUUCGAUACAUAUCCGACCUCAAAAGCCUUCGAUCCAGAAACCAUCGAUAUGUCAGAACGGUACAUUACGGGGGUCGUGUGGCCCGGUCUCACGCCCCGCCCCGGUCACGUCAAGACCCCCGGAAAGUCGUGGUUCGAGUUGUCGAUGGCCAACCCCGAGUUGUUUACCGCGUUUAUGUUCGGCUCGCUGUGUCACCUCCGCGUGCAAUGGCAGAACAGUUGGAUACCCGCGGCGACCUUCGGCGCGAAGCAGCAGCGCGCGCUGCAGCUGAUCGAGAUGGAGUCGAUCAAGCUGAUCAACAAGGCGGUGCGCAAUCCAAAUCCCAAAAAGGCCGUCAGCGAUGCGGUCCUGUUGAGUGUGAUCUGUAUGGCGCAUCAUCAGGCCGAGGAGGGAGUGGUACAACAGCAUCGGAGGACCCCGUUCAACCCACCCUUCCCGCGCUUACAGUGGAUUGAUGUCUAUGGGUGUCUGCCACCGAACAUGAUUCAUAUCAAAGGCCUAGUCCAGCUGGUCAAGCUCCGGGGUGGCCUGGCAUGCAUUCCAACCGAGGGCCUCGCGGCAACAGUCUCAUUCUCAGACAUCCUCACCUGUAGCGUAUUCUGCGUCAACCCGAUAUUCGAGUUCUGGCCCCUCGCCGAAUCGCGCAAGGGUAUGGCCAUCCAGGAAAUGCUCGGCUUCAGUCCAGCAGAUAUCGCGCACGGGUUCGGCCGCCUCCAAACAAUCGGCGCCACCAGCGAAAUGGCCGAGGCCUUCCAAGCAGCGCAUACCUACGUCACAAUCAUCAAAGCAAACCCAACCUCCGUUCGCGACGUCUCCCUCCUAGCCGACCAACGCAACCUCACCCAACAUACCCUCAUCUCUCUCGCUCCGGCAUCCGACCUCCAUGCCUUCUUCUCCCUCACCCACUCAGCAACCUAUGAAGCCUGCCGCCUCGCAGCUCUGAUCUUCGGCGUCGGCGUCCUCUUCCCCAUCCCCGCUCAAAAUACCCCCCUCCACCGCCUCGCCCGUCUGAUCCAGGCCGUCCUCCACCAACCCACUGCUUCAGAACUGUGGUCUUCCCCUGCUACUCGUUUCCCGCUCCUCUGGAUCUUGACACUGGGCGGCAUCGCCGCUAGCGAUACACCCGAGCGCGUGUGGUACACCUCCGCUCUCCGCGACAUGACGUCCAAAACAAAUAUCCAUACCUGGGCGAGCUUGAAGGCUGUUCUCGAGUCGAUGCUUUGGUAUGAUGCUGCAUGCGAUGUUGCCGCCGAGACCCUUUGGUAUGAGUCUCAGUCGCUCCAUGGCCAUAUCGAGUAA